GCUCGCAGCCUCAGUGCCUGUGUGAGGCACUCACUGACUCACAGAAGGAGAUAGAAUAUCCAGUAGAUCGAGAGUUUCUUCCUGCUCUGUUUUUCUUCUUCCUGCUCUGUUUUUCUUCUUCCUGCUCUGUUUUUCCCAGAUUCCCAGAUCUCCUCUCGCAGUCUCGCCCAGUCGGCCCAGAUCGAGAGUAUCGCCGUCGCCGAUUCUGUUUGCUACGGUGCUACCAGUGGCGGAGAGAGACAGAGAGACAGAGAUUCCAUGUUAGCUACUUAGCUGAGCCGCUGAGGAGUGAGGAACUGCCGAACUGAGGCUCUUGAUUUCUUGAAUCUUGAUCAUGGUCGGUCUCGGUGACUCGGUCAUCCCCAUCACGAUCUCUUAGAAGGAGAGAGAAUAUCCAGUAGAAAACCAACUCUUAAUCAAGCCCAAUUUCAAAGCAAUGGCGGCUAUAAGUUCUCUGGUGGGAAGCAUUCCCCAAAUUGGUCUGACAAUAUGCAGAGAUGAUGGUUAUUCAAAAAGGCGGGCGAAGAAUUCUGUGGUUUCUAUUAUUAGCCCCCGUCUACCCUUAUUUUCUUCUCAGACCAGACGUCUGCUUCAAGUUGGUUCGGGUAAAUCAAUUUUUCCAAGAAAUAAGAGGAAUAGUUGGGAACAAUGUAUCUCCAUAUUUGGAGAGCCUUUGACUGGAGCACCUUUUCCACGAAAGUAUAACGGCAUUUCUAGCUCUUUUUGCCAAAGCAGAAGCUCUUCAUGGCAAAGUAGAAGUUGUCUUCGCCUCAGGACGUCCACACCAAGUGCCUUUCCUGACAGAACUUCUUUCUGUUUAACCAACCGUAAACUUGAGAAGGUUUUUGUGAAGGAUCUGCAUAUUCCAUAUGCAACCGUAGGUCCAGAUGAGCCACAUGCAGCAAGUACAUCUUGGCCAGAUGGUAUUCUUGAGAAACAGGAGCUAGAUUUAGUAUAUCCUGGAGUAGAACAAACAGAGGUAGAGGGGUUUCUAAGUUCUGAACUUCCAUCUCACCCAAAGUUGUAUCGAGGACAACUAAAAAAUGGUCUGCGCUAUCUGAUUUUACCAAAUAAAGUUCCGCCAAACAGGUUUGAAGCACACAUGGAAGUGCAUGUAGGAUCAAUCGACGAGGAAGAGGAUGAGCAAGGGAUUGCACAUAUGAUUGAACAUGUUGCUUUCCUUGGAAGUAAGAAACGCGAGAAGCUUCUUGGGACGGGGGCUCGAUCCAAUGCUUACACCGAUUUCCAUCAUACAGUGUUUCACAUCCAUUCGCCACUUAGUACAAAGGAUUCUGAUGAAGAUCUCCUUCCAAAUGUGCUGGAUGCCUUGAAUGAGAUUGCUUUUCACCCAAAAUUCCUUUCUUCUCGUGUUGAGAAGGAACGGCGGGCUAUACUUUCAGAAUUACAGAUGAUGAAUACAAUAGAUUAUCGCGUUGACUGCCAGUUAUUACAACAUCUGCACUCUGAAAACAAGCUAAGCAAAAGGUUCCCGAUUGGAUUAGAGGAGCAGAUUAAGAAGUGGGAUGUAGAUAAAGUGCGAAAAUUUCAUGAGCGUUGGUACUUCCCUGCAAAUGCAACCUUAUACAUUGUUGGGGAUAUUGACAACAUCUCAAAAACAAUUUACCAAAUUGAGGCUGUCUUUGGACAAACUGGCCAAGAAAAUGGGUCAGCACCUACUCCUAGUGCGUUUGGUGCAAUGGCUAGUUUCCUUGUCCCUAAGCUUUCAGUUGGCCUGACUGGAAAUUUGCCUACUGAAAGAUCGUCUAAUUCCAUUGAUCAAACAAAACUCCUUAAAAAGGAAAAGCACACUGUUCGUCCUCCUGUGAAGCAUAAUUGGUCACUCCCUGGAAGUAGUAUGCAUUUGAAGCCUCCACAGAUUUUUCAGCAUGAAUUGAUUCAGAAUUUCUCAUUUAAUAUGUUCUGCAAGAUUCCUGUGAACAGGGUUCGAACAUAUGGUGACUUGCGAAAUGUUCUAAUGAAGAGAAUAUUUCUUUCUGCUUUGCAUUUCCGAAUUAAUACAAGAUACAAGAGUUCAAACCCACCAUUUACUUCAAUUGAAUUGGAUCAUAGUGACUCUGGAAGGGAAGGAUGCACAGUCACUACUCUUACUGUAAUUGCCGAACCCAAGAAUUGGCAAACUGCAAUAAGAGUUGCUGUUCACGAGGUUAGAAGGCUCAAAGAAUUUGGUGUUACUAAGGGUGAAUUGACACGUUAUAUAGAUGCUUUAUUAAAAGAUAGUGAGCAUCUGGCGGCUAUGAUAGAUAAUGUAUCUUCGGUUGAUAAUUUGGAUUUUAUUAUGGAGAGUGAUGCGCUGGGCCAUACAGUAAUGGAUCAGAGACAAGGACAUGACAGUCUGGUUGCUGUUGCUGGAACUGUUACUCUUGAAGAGGUUAACUCUAUUGGCGCCAAGGUGUUGGAAUUUGUUUCUGAUAUUGGAAAGCCUACUGCACCCCUUCCUGCAGCGAUUGUCGCUUGUGUUCCAAAGAAAGUGCAUGUUGAUGGAAUGGGUGAAACUGAGUUCACCAUUUCCCCUGAUGAGAUUACAGCUGCUACGAGAGCUGGAUUGGAGGACCUCAUUGAACCUGAGCCAGAGCUUGAAGUGCCAAAAGAAUUGAUAUCUUCAUCACAGUUGCAGGAAUUGAGGCAGGAGCGCAUGCCAUCCUUCAUCACCUGUAGCCCAGAAACAAAUAUGACAAAAAUUUAUGACAAGGAAACAGGGAUCACUAGAGCUCGUCUUUCAAAUGGAAUUGAUGUAAAUUACAAGAUUUCUAAAAGUGAGGCUCAGGGAGGUGUGAUGAGGCUUAUAGUUGGUGGUGGACGGGCAACUGAAAGUCCUGAAUCAAAAGGUUCUGUUGUUGUGGGUGUACGAACUCUUAGCGAGGGAGGUCGUGUUGGAAACUUUUCAAGGGAGCAGGUAGAACUGUUCUGUGUGAAUCACUUGAUUAAUUGCUCAUUGGAGUCAACGGAGGAAUUUAUUUCUAUGGAAUUCCGUUUCACUUUAAGAGAUAAUGGGAUGCGUGCCGCUUUCCAAUUGCUUCACAUGGUACUUGAGCAUAGUGUCUGGCUGGAUGAUGCAUUUGAUAGAGCAAGACAAUUAUAUUUGUCAUAUUAUCGCUCCAUCCCUAAAAGCUUGGAGCGCUCAACUGCUUACAAACUCAUGUUGGCAAUGUUGGACGGGGAUGAGCGUUUUGUAGAACCUACACCAACAUCAUUGCAAAAUUUAACUUUGCAAUCUGUGAAGGAUGCAGUGAUGAACCAAUUUGUUGGCAAUAACAUGGAGGUAAGUGUUGUUGGGGACUUCUCGGAGGAGGAAAUCGAGUCUUGUAUUCUUGAUUACUUGGGAACAGUACAAUCGGCAAAAUUUUUUGAGACUGAGCAGAAGUAUAAUCCGGUUGUGUUUCGACCAUCUUCUGAUUUGCAGUCUCAACAAGUGUUCUUGAAGGAUACAGAUGAGAGAGCAUGUGCAUUUAUUGCAGGUCCUGCACCAAAUCGUUGGGGUUUUACUGUUGACGGUAAAGACCUGUUUGAGUCAAUCACUGAUAUUUCUUCUAGUGAUGAUGCGCAGCUGAAAUCUGCAGAGCUAGUUGUGGAGGGUAAGGAUAUUCAGAAGGAUCUGCAAAGAAAACUCCGUGGUCAUCCGCUUUUCUUUGGCAUCACAAUGGGGCUCCUGGCUGAGAUUAUAAAUUCCAGACUUUUUACGACGGUCAGAGAUUCACUUGGCUUGACAUAUGAUGUCUCGUUCGAGUUGAACCUUUUUGAUAGGCUGAAUCUCGGAUGGUAUGUCAUAUCUGUAACAUCAACUCCUGGCAAGGUUCACAAAGCUGUUGAUGCAUGCAAGAAUGUCCUUAGAGGUUUGCAUAGCAACAAGAUUUCCCAAAGGGAGCUGGACAGGGCAAAACGGACGCUUCUGAUGAGACAUGAAGCUGAGAUCAAGUCAAAUGGCUACUGGCUUGGACUUUUAGCUCACUUGCAAGCUUCUUCUGUUCCAAGGAAGGAUAUAUCUUGCAUCAAAGAUCUUACUACUUUGUACGAAAUUGCUGCUAUUGAGGACGUAUACCUUGCAUAUGAUCAAUUGAAAAUAGAUGACGAUUCUUUGUACUCAUGUAUUGGAAUUGCUGGGGCUCAAGCUGGUGAUGAAUUGACUGAAGUCGAAGAACCAGAGGAAGGUUUUCCAGGUGUUUUCCCAGUUGGGCGUGGGUUAUCUACAAUGACACGGCCUACAGCAUGAUCUUAGAUUAUACGUGCCAUCUCACAUAUAGUAAAGACAUAUCUAGCAUUAAGGUCCAGUGGCGAGAAGCUAAGACCAGAUAAUGCUAAAGGCCUGCUCGCCAAAGUCGCGCCAGAACAAAUUAUAGCACACACCAUAGUCAUGCCAUUCAACGUGAAGUCAUCAACUGUCUUGGUUGACAUGCUCCUGCAUAUUAUUACCAUUGGGAGCAAUUGGAAACCACUGAUACUUGCUUCAUUCCCAGUUCAACAGUGAGCAUUGGGAGGUAGAAAACAGUAACAUGAUUUGUCUAGUACAAAAUUACGGGCUAUACCAAGUGCCUGGGCCAAUUCUUUGAUAUUGUAAAUACAUGAGCCUCUUGUCAGUUAUCCAAAAUUUUGCCUUAUGCUGUCAAUACUAGGCCAAUACCUAGACCCUAGCCUUUCUCUUUUGAUAUAUUACUGGUAGAUAAUAUAUUCAUGUCCCUGCCAAGUAUUCAAUUUGCAUCUGCCCAUGGAGGUUUUAUUGCAUAAAAUGAACAGGACAGUGUGGAUCCCCCAUCCGAAGCCUAACUUGUACUUUUUAGUGGAAAGUGUGGUGUAUAUGGAUCCUUAAUGAUGGGGAAAAGUCUUACUUGGGGAAGUUAAUUACGAAGCAAAUGUGCUGGUGUGUGGGUUGUAAUAUUGUAGAUUUUGAUAUCCAACUUUCCUAUUCAAUCAAUGUUAUGGUUUUAUUGCA